AUGGGUGAAGACCCUACGAAGCAUAACCAAAGUCUUCAUUGUCAGUACCACCAAGACCGAGGACAUAAUAUAGAAGAAUGUAGGACUCUACAGGAUCAUUUGGAGCAAUUGGUCAAGGUUGGGAAACAAAAACAAUUCUUUUAUGAACCCAAUGGACAAGGGAGUCAGGCAGGGUCGGCACAUAAGAAGGAUGCUUCUUCAAGACCACCUUUGGGCACAAUCAAUGUUAUUCUAGCUGCCCCAGGCAAGACUAGUUCCUAUCCAUCUAGGGUGAUGUCUAUACCUCGGUCAUAUGUAAAGGACCUAAUCCCUGAUCCUAAGAGGGGUAGAAUGGAACUAAGACCAGCUCUAAGCUUUUUUGAUGAAGAUAAAAUUGGAGGAUACGAUGUGAAGAGGGUUUUGGUAGAUCAAGGCAACGGUGCAGAGGUCAUGUACCCUGAUUUGUACAAAUGGCUCAAGCUGAAACUCGAGGACCUAGCUUAUUAUGACUCUCUUCUGGUGGGGUUUGAUGGGAAGAUAGUCAUCCCAAGGGGCCAGAUUAGACUACCUGUUCAAGUAGAGUUGAAGGUCGUGGAACUGGAAUUUAUUGUGGUAGAUACAUAUUCCCCCUACACAACUAUUGUGGCGAGGCCUUAG